AAUGUUGGUCUCAUCGUAGCGCAUGCGUUGCUGUGUAGUUGAAAUCGCUGGAGCGCUUCUUCAGACUAAGUUUGGGAUAUUGCAAAUCGGUCGAUUAGAGAGAUGCUGAUCGCUCGGGAUCACUGGCGCGCGGGGAUCUUGUGUCUCUUCAUGCUCGUGGCUUUGACGCUUGGCCGUAGCCCGCCAGCGAACAGUGUGAAUGAACAGAGCAACAUGUCAUACGUCAAAGUCACCGUGGAUAAACUUCUCAAAGGCUACGACAUCCGUCUCAGGCCUGACUUCGGAGGUCCUCCGGUUGAUGUUGGUAUGAGUAUUGACAUCUCUAGUAUCGACAUGGUGUCAGAAGUGAACAUGGACUAUACCAUCACCAUGUAUUUCCAGCAGUCCUGGCGCGAUAAGCGUCUGUCCUACACUGGGAUCCCUCUAAAUCUUACUUUGGAUAACCGAGUGGCUGAUCAACUCUGGGUGCCUGAUACUUACUUCAUAAAUGACAAGAAAUCUUUUGUUCAUGGGGUCACUGUGAAGAACCGCAUGAUUCGUCUACAUCCUGAUGGGACUGUGCUCUACGGCCUCAGGAUAACUACCACAGCUGCUUGUAUGAUGGAUUUGCGCAGAUACCCGCUGGAUGAGCAGAACUGCACGCUGGAGAUUGAAAGUUAUGGCUACACUACAGAUGACAUUGAGUUCUACUGGCAAGGAGGAAGUUCAGUGACGGGGGUGGACAACAUUGAGCUGCCGCAAUUCUCUAUUAUUGAUUAUAAAACACUGUCUAAGAAAGCUGUGUUUGCCACAGGGUCGUAUCCUCGUCUGUCUCUCAGUUUUAAACUGAAGAGAAACAUUGGAUAUUUCAUCCUGCAGACCUACAUGCCUUCAACACUGAUCACCAUCCUGUCCUGGGUCUCCUUCUGGAUCAACUAUGAUGCUUCAGCUGCAAGAGUUGCACUAGGAAUCACCACCGUUCUGACUAUGACUACAAUCAACACUCAUCUUAGGGAGACUUUACCUAAGAUCCCUUAUGUGAAGGCCAUAGAUAUCUAUCUGAUGGGCUGCUUUGUCUUUGUGUUCCUGGCCUUGCUCGAGUAUGCUUUCGUCAACUACAUAUUCUUCGGCCGUGGUCCACAUUUACGGAAGAAAGUGGCAGAAAAAGCUGCAAAAAGCAACAAUGAGAAGAGUAACAAAGUUCAGGUUGAUGUCCAUGGACACAUUCCCCUGACAAACCUUGAUCUGCGCCUUAGUGGGGCAGAGAUGUUAGGUGCUCUUGGGGACCCGAGGAACACCAUGUUCUCUUAUGAUAGUGCCAGCAUCCAAUACCGUAAGCCCCUUACAAGUCGGGACCUCUAUGGACGGCCCACUGCCUCUAUCGAGAGGCCAAUGGCACGAAAAAAGAGUCAUCUUAGGAGGCGAGCCGCUCAGCUGAAGGUGAAGAUUCCAGACCUGACAGAUGUAAACUCCAUUGACAAGUGGUCACGUGUCAUUUUUCCAAUCACCUACACCUUCUUUAACUUAGUAUACUGGCUGUAUUAUGUCCACUAAGGAGCAGCACUGACUCAACCCAGCCAUACACACAUCAGGUCAGGCUCUCUUACCCUCCUUGUGGUUUUGACUGCCAGUCAGACAGGAGGAAGAGGUGCAUUCUGUAGUUAGCCCUUCUCUGUAAAUUAUUAAACUAUAUAUAAUAUAAAUCUGUAUUAUAAUUUUUCAAUAAGAAAAUAAGUCAAAAUGACUACUCAACUUUUGCUGCUUAAUGUAGAUUAUCAUAAAUAUUAGUUAAAAUUGUCGCUGUAUUUUUGCACUUUGCUUCUGUGGGAUCAAUUUCACUGACUUGCAGAAAGUGCAACUACGCAAUGGGGAGAAAAUAGGCUUUUCUUAGCUGACGACUGUAGUGCACAUCUACUGUAGGUCAGACAGGCUUGAGUUUGUAAAACAGCAUUUGAAAGUUGUUUUCAUCAUUUAUCUUUCAUAUUAUGAAGCUCUUAAAAGG